CUUCCCAGGUACCAGAUGCGCCAGUGGCUUGGCCACAGGAUAGGCUAAAACAGCACAGAGGGGGAAAGAGAGAUCAGGCUAACAAUGUCAGAGCAACUUCCCCCUCUAGUUUCUCAUGAUUCCCUCCGCAUCAUCACGGCCGCAGCACAGGUGGGGGAGGUAUCUGAGGACGUCCUGUCCUUUCUGUCCGCUUCGGCCGAGUACCACCUCCUCGACGUGAUCAACGACGCCUCCAACUUUCGCGCUCGCGGAAAGAGGUCCCGCCUCACGGUCGAUGACGUUACCGCCUCCUUGGAACUCCGCGGCGCCGAGACAUCGCUCGUCUGCGCCGGAGGGGGAUCGAAAUCGAAGGACAGCGACGAUUCAGCAACCGCGGACGGCAAGGUUGACUUGCGGAAGGUGGCUAAUGCGACGCUCCCGGUAUGCCCGAUCGAGCCCGGCUUCCACAUGCACUGGCUCGCCGUAGACGGACAGCAGCCCCUUCUCCCUCAGAACCCGCUCCCUUCCUCCGGCAGAGGCAAGGGAAAGAGUGGAAAGAGGGGCCGGGGGAAGCAGGCCGGGGGCGGGGCGGGGGGCAGCGGCGGUGGGAGCUCCGCCGUGCGUGCACGCCUGAGCGAGGAGCUCACCACUUAUCUCCGCCGAUGUUGCGAUGCGAUCUUGUCGCGGGACGAGCCGAAACGCAGCCGUGCGCUGGCGAGCUUGAGGGAGGACCCGGGUCUGCAGCAACUCCUCCCGCAUUUGUGCACCUUUAUCCAAACAAAGGUGCCGGAGUACCUGAAGCGGCAGAAGGAGCCGGACCAGCUGGCGGCUUUGCUGCAGAUGCUCCAGUGUCUCCUCAACAACAAGAACUUCGCCUUCCUUGAGAUUUACCUCGAUCGGCUCUUGCCACCGUUGAUGAGCUGCCUGCUUCACAUAGACUUCGAGCGAGCAGGGCCCGAUAACGGGGGUGCCGCGAACAGUGAUUACUCUUCGUUUGGGGGUAUUGGAGUGCAUUCCGCGGCGCGCCCCAAGUGGACGCACUGGGACGUUCGGGACUACGCGGCCGAGCUUCUCCGAGCUAUCUGUGACAAGCAUGGGAACACCUACCCGACGCUUCAGGCACGAGCGAACGACAUGUUCGACACCCACGUCGCGAGGCCGAAGACCAGGCUCACCACUCUCUACGGAGCCAUCACAGGGGUGGCUUGUCUGGGCCGCAUGCCGGUGGAGCAGACCCUGGGGCCUAGGGUGGACAGCUUGGCGGACAAGAUCUCACAGUCCUGCCUGGCGGCAACGCUAAGGCGGGAUACGAAGGGCGUGGCUGAAGCCAACCAGUGCCGCGUUGCACUUCUGCGAGCGAUAGGGUGUGGGACGAUCGCGUGCACGGACGACUUGUUCGGCGAACCCGGCCUGAAUGCCGAGAGAACAGGCAGAGGGGGCGAGCCGAAGCAAGGCAGCAGUGGCGGCGGCAACCCUGCCGCGGGCGGCAGCGUUGGCGAGGGCGGAGCGAAGAACGGGACUAGUAACAGCAGCGCGAACGGUGCCGCGAGGGCUUCGCACGGCGUCCGCAGACGAGCGGACCGCCUGCGGAAACGCCUGGACAGGUCCUUGUACUCCCCUCUGAGGACCAAAUCGGCCGCCGCCGCCGCAGCAGCAGCAGCAGCAGCAGCAGCAGGCGCUGCAGCAGCAGCAGCAGCAGCAGCAGGCGGUGCUGCCGGCACUGCAGCAGACACGGGCAAGGCUGGCAGCAGCGGCGGCGUGGCGGAACACAACGGCGGCGGGAGCGUUGCCGCCGCCGACUUGGACGAAGUGAUCUUCCCGUGGUAUGUCGUGGGGCUGAGGAGAGACGGCGCCCCGCAGAGCUGGUGGCUGACGAACAAGCUCAGCACGUUCGUUUGAUGGGCGACCGAGUGACGCUGAUGCGCGUCCCUGGGACCCGUUUAGCGCGUGAGGGCUGGUGUCAUGUCUCGGAGAGGCGCCGUGUCCUCGACGGGUGUGUCGGCUCCGACAACUCUCGCCGAUGCCAGGCAGCGAUUGAGCAAUACCCCUGGAGCAGACUGGAACGGCGUAGAUCUUCGCGAAGGGCUUCUGCGCUCUGGAACGGUGGAUGGUGUUGUGCUAUUCGCGGCGGGGGUGGUUCCGCGUGUUCCUCGACGACGUGUGGUGAAUUUUAGUUCCCGAUGUGCAUAGAUAGUUGAGUCUUUGAUAGGAACGGUUGUCGCAGUUCUUCUGUUGGGGGAACGCGUACAAGUAGGGGCUUCGUUCACUCUGGGUGCUGUUUGUACGAUCUGCCAGAUCUACUUUCUUUGGCGUAGGUGCGCUUGCCUUGGCAUGGUUUGGCUAUUUGGCUAUUUACUCCGAGCUCUCUCGCGUUUCGUCCACACCCGAUAGUGUGACACGAAGACGUCUCGUACAAGCGUAAGUUCGCGUUUUGAUUCAACAUGGCUAGCGAGUGGAGGGGCAGUAGGUUCCAUAGUUUAACUGGAAGGUUCUUGGUCAAAGUGAUCCAAUAGAACUUUCUUGAAAGGCAACGAUUGAAAGACGUUGUGGGACGACUGUUUCCUUCUUUACCGUAAGGCUGUCUGCACAAACAUGAGCUGCAUUGAGAUGUCUAUAGAGUCGGGAGAUUUCAACAUCACAACGCGAGAACGAGUCGCCCACGGAGCUGUCGCAUGUCAGUGCUCACGGAAAGAUGUGACGAACGCGAAUCCACGGGUCCACCGUCCCACGCGCCGUUUUUUAACACCAGCAGCUAGUGUUUGAAGUUGUUUUCCCCGACUGAUUUCGAAAUUCCUACGCCUACGGAAGGCAAAAGGGGUAAAAGUACUUCAAGCGCUUGAGUAGAUAGUCUACGUGCACAAAGAACGAUGUCGAAGACUUCUUUCGUGCGGCCAGGGGUGUGUCUGCGAGUAGGGUGCAAGCCCAAGGAGAUGUUUUUUCUUCUCUACUACACCUGGAGGCGCGUUUGUAGUAUCGGUCUGAAACGACAUGGUUUCCUUUUUGUGUGAGGUAAUAUUGGGCAGAGUUUGGGGUGCACCCGACCAUGCCUGUGGCAGGUAGUCUAGGUGCCGAACUGGAUUUUUUUCCCUCACGACAGUAUCUUCCUCGAACUUUGACUUGCUCGUUUCGGUGGUGACGAUUGGCACGAAUGGGGCACGUGCCCGGGCCAUCCCAACAACUGCCUUUUUUCCGAUUAUAAAGCUGGUAUGAAUCCCGGGCAGUGGCAUGCGUACGUGGAUAUAUAGCUAUAUUCGUCAGCAAAUUCACCUGCCCACAAAGGCAGAUGCUCUUCGACACUGUAUCCAAAUGUAUCCUGAAACACUGAAGUAACAUAAUGACACGACGAGGGCGCGCGAGGGCGCGCGUCGUUCGGCUAUUAAAUUUGCUACGGGAAGGGCAGAGCCGGUGGGUUCAUAUCUAAACAACGGCGGUGAUACUCUAGGUGUUUCCUCUGUAUCCGCACAUGCGUACGGUGUCCGUAUCCGGUGCAUUUGAUUUGCAUGAUGUUGUUUGUUGUUUUUCUCCCAUCAUUGGACUCUAUCGCCUGCCCGUCUGGCCCCUAUUUUCCACUUCUACCAGCUAGACGACCCAACCGGGGUCACAUGAGAGGGGGGGGCGGACCCCCUCCUGUGGUUCCUGCCUGAGAUAUUUUUUCGCGAGAAGGGUACAGCAUUCCCUUCCCUCGCGACUUAUGAAGUCGAUCAAGUUUACUAACAACGAGCUUUGCAGCGCUAUGAUUGUUUGAUUUGGUACAUUCCGCCGCGUACCGGGGUAUGUGGUUUCGUUAUUUUCGGUUUGUGAGGCCCCCAUGCCUCCAAACUUGACCAACCUGACCACGCCGCCCACACACCUGACCUCGGACAACCGACGCGGAAAAUCUCGAAUGGAAGGUACGCGUUUCUACCUCGCUACCGCGUUGUCUAUUUUGGUCCCGAGUGCUGGUCGAAUGCGUAAUACGUCUCUUACACGUUGGAUAUACGUAAGCACGCGCCCGUACGACAGCGGCCCGGCUCCCCGUGGCCAACUUGAACUCACAACAUAUAACCCCGACCGACUCUAUUUAUCCGCUCGGUAUAUCCUUACCCGCUCUGGCAACAUUGCAUAUGGGCAACAGCGGCGGCACUAGAUGGACAACAGUAGUCCUGCGCCGGAAUUUUUUUCGCGUUUCCAAGUUUGCGCUCCAGCGUCACCGGCUACACUUCUGCUCUCCCCUGUUUUCCAAACUUUCGCUUGUUACGUCAUGUGUCACGUGGACCCGCAGACAUGUCUGGCACUUCCCCGCCAACACCUUUGGCUUCAGCGGCACCUUCGCUACGAGACUACCCGGCCGCUGACCCAUCUACGCGUGUGACCGCUGAUUCAUCCGGAGGCUUGGUGAUUCCGGAGGACAAAGUGGUGGUGUGGGAUGACACGAUGAAGCAAACGGUGGUGAAGAACCGCGACGAAGUCAAACUCACGGUGCGAUUAUUUUGUGGUGUUCUUGGAAAGGUUGCAGGGCUAAUUUCUGAUCAUUCUGUCGCCUCCGCGGGUGCAGGGUCUGUAUACAGCAGUUGAGUGUUGGAUCCGCGAAUGAGCGACGCUUCUCAACCCUAUGCAUGAUACGAUCUUAGUUUUCGUGAACGACCUUGCGCUGGAUUCCGUAACGAUUUCACCUUGCUUGAAGCGAACACAUUCCUCGAACCGUUCCUAGGAACGUUCUCAGGAAAGUCCCAACGUGAGAUUGGACGGUUCCGGGGACGGUUCCAGCGUAAUAGUUGACUUCUCGUAGCACGGUUUUUCCGGAGCGGUUCUUAUGAGUUUCGUCGGUUGGCUGCUGCUGCCAACCCCGCUACACCGGAGCUUCCUCUGUGUUCCUACACAAAAAAUGUGACAAGUGUUCUCCUGUCUGUUGGUGGCCAACAACCCCUACCCUUCGUACUCUGUGCAUUCUCUGUCUAGCCUUUGUGAUGAUACGACGGGUAUUUGAUGCAUCAACGCUUGGCAGAAACAAUGCCACCGUUCACCUUCUAAGUGGAUGAGUGUCCCAGUAGGUUCCAAGAAAACAAUUACGCCUGACCGCCACUCGCACCAACAUAGCCCUGACCCGUGUCGUGAAGGUUGUUGGAGGAAAAACAUUUUUUUUGCGGUGAACGUGUUGUGCAUUAUUUUCGGAUUUGGAUGCAAUUUCGCAGACCCUUGGCACCGGAAGUUGGCGCCGAUGCUAGCUGGUGGGAGGCUUGUUUGUGGACGUUUUGGGAAUGCUUCUUCCGUGACCAACUUCCGUGAGAUGCCAUGAAUCUCGGUGGAAGGCUUCCCUAGAGCUCAAAUGGAACUUCCACAACUUGCAUAAACCACACAAUCGAAGCUUGUAUCGUAGUAGAAACACUAGUGGAGCGGAAUAACGAACCCUAUGCCUGUCGCAAAAAUAAAGCCUUCCGUAAUGCUGUCUGGUAUGUCUGUGGUGAAGACCGGUGAAGAAGUAUGGAGGUAAGAUGUGCACCCUCAAAAUGGACGUGUACCGAUUUUAUGGAAGGGACGCGGCGUGUACGGUCGACAGUCUGAAGACAAUCGGUGGCACCACGACAAAAGCGCGGCGCGAACAGCUCCUUCUUUGCGAUCGGCGCACAACGCGGAUGCUAUAAAACUUGCAUCUUGGUUGGAAAACUGUAUACCGUGCGCGGCUCCGGCGGGCGGGUUAGGAUUUUUUUUUGGCUUCCACGGGGUGUAUGGUAGGUGUUAUGAAUUGCAUGACAGACGAAUGUGUUGAUGCGUUGCCUUCUCGUGGCCCACUACCACCGUAGGUGACAUAAAAUAGCACACCCCCUGGACCGAUUUCCAACGCUCGAUUUCUCCCAAGCAGAAUAUUGGUGGUGCCGAAGGUGGGCGGCGUUGGAACCGUCUUGUCAAGGGCGUUCCGAAUUCGUACCGUUUCACCUAUGCAUGCUCUUCGUCGUGGAGUGUCGAGAUUUGAAAAUCUGUCCAGGGAGCGUGAUGUCUCCCGUCGUGCCACCAAUAUUCCCACCACCUCGGCAACGAUAUCGUUCAAGGGCUGCCGGACUCGACUCAACGUGGCCAGGGGUAUCCUUUCUCCGCUCAACCACAAGCUUUGCUCCACACCCGACUGAAGGGCAUAGUCUACAGAAUUCCGCGCUUGAAAGCUUUGAAUUAUUGCCGUCCGCGGACAGUGAAUAACAUGUUCACGACCACCCCUUGCUUUCCUUCCCCUCUGUGUCGGGAUACGUCCGAUUUUUCCGGCAGACGUGGAAAUCUCGGAUC